GAGCAGUUUCCCCCCCCCCCCCCGUCACUGUGUCCUCUGUCCUCCAGAAGCAAAGGGAUUUCGCAUUGCACUCCGUCGGCGCAUCCCGCAAGUCACGUCUCGCUGUGUGGUUCUGUUUUUUUGUUGCGGUGGGCAGGUGUCCCGGUGCGUCGUCGUCCGAACACCGAACAAGUGACGCUUUGAGCUGCACUGUUGCUCCCCUGUCGCCUCGAUUCUCUGCAGCAAACCGGGCUGGAAAUGGUCCCAUGCUCGAUUUACCAGCGGCGUUCAGAGGUUGGACUCUCAGUAAACAGAGGGUCAAAGCCACAAACACAUAAUCCACCCACCUCCUGCCUGACGAGAGUCGUACGUCUGCCUGCAUUCAUCUAAACGACAGUGACGACAGACGGGAAACUUACACUGUAGCGGUACUGCCUCUGAGUGUGUGUGUCAGGGCUUCAGUGCCUCUAGUGUUCCUCCAAGCCCUCCACUCUGUGUGUGUGCAAUGAUGUGUGGUUGUGUCAAGGUGGAGAGUUAAGAGGAAGUCGGGACCCGUUCAAGUCAGCAAAACCAAGCCAGCUGCUGCGUAUGUGUGUGUCAGGGAUACGCAGUUGAGCACGUGAGUGUGUGUGUGUGUGUGCGUGAGGGGCUAGUGUUGACCAGGCUAUGAGUGCGUCUCAGAGGGAGAGGCCGUUCAAUGCUGAGUUGAGCUAAGGGAGCAGAGCAGGAGAAUCUGUGAGAGGAGCAGCCAUGGGGCUCGGACAGUCCAGCAAGGCUCCAGUCACCGAGGACACAGACGACGUGAAUUUUGACCACUUCCAGAUCCUGAGGGCAAUAGGAAAAGGAAGCUUCGGAAAAGUCUGCAUUGUACAGAAGAAGGACACUAAGAAGAUGUACGCCAUGAAGUACAUGAACAAGCUGAAAUGCGUGGAGCGGAACGAAGUGAGGAAUGUCUUGAAGGAGCUGCAGAUAAUGCAGAACCUUGAGCAUCCGUUCCUGGUCAACUUCUGGUAUUCCUUCCAGGAUGAGGAGGACAUGUUUAUGGUGGUGGACUUGCUCUUAGGAGGAGACCUGCGCUAUCACCUCCAGCAGAACGUCCACUUCUCAGAGAGCACCGUCAAACUCUACAUCUGUGAACUGGCCCUGGCGCUGGGAUACCUCCGUACAAAGCGCAUUAUACACAGAGACAUCAAACCUGACAAUAUACUACUGGAUGAACAUGGACACGUCCAUCUAACAGACUUCAACAUCGCAGCCAUUGUAAAAGACGACCUAAAAGCAACGUCCAUCGCCGGUACCAAGCCGUACAUGGCUCCCGAGCUGUUCCAAACCUUCGAGGGGUCCCACCCUGGCUACUCCUUCUCUGUCGACUGGUGGUCGCUGGGCAUCACAGCAUAUGAGCUACUCAGAGGACAGAGACCAUAUGUGAUGAGAUCCAGUACACCGGCUAAUGAGAUCCUUCAGACCUUCCACAAGGUCCAUCCCAGCUACCCGGCAGCCUGGUCUUUGGAGAUGAAGUCUCUACUCAGAAAGUUGCUGUGCAUAGAUGUCCAGAAGCGCAUUUCCUGUCUAGCAGAGCUACAGGAUCUGGACUACAUGUCACAUGUCAACUGGGACCCUGUGCUCAGCAAACAGCUUCCUCCCGGCUUUAUUCCCAAUAGGCGGAGACUGAACUGUGACCCUACAUUUGAGCUGGAGGAAAUGAUCCUGGAGUCCAAACCACUUCACAAGAAGAAGAAAAGGCUUGCUAGAAAAAACAAGGACCAGGGAUCUGAUGGGUCUCCACAGAACGGUCAGUUGCAGCAGAGAUUGGAUAAUGUCCAGAGAGACUUCAUUGUCUUCAACAGAGAAAAGUCAAAGAAAGCAGUGGUGGACUCAGACUCCUCUGAGCUGUCCAUGAGUGAGAAGAACAAGGCAAUUGAGGACGGACAGAACAACAACGUCGAACCGGCUGCCUACUUAUCGGGAUAGGUCUGGAGACCCGACAUCCCAAACGUAGUCCCUUACCACUUGCACCUGCCCACAGCUUGUAGAUCAGCAAUUUACACAAAGACACUUAUUGUUCUAUCAGCACAGGCACUCGUCUUCAAUGUUCCCCGCACCACAACACGUACUUGUGUGUCACCGUUCGACCCACGGAAACCACAUCGAGAUCUGUGGACCUGCAGGAGUGAAAUAGACUCCCGGAGCAGCAGUCGUGCCAGGCCGAGGUUUUUUUUUUGUUUUUCUCUUUCCUGUCACGAAGAAGAACGACUCUCAGCAGAGUGUCACUCAUAUCAUGCUCCUUUACAUCACUCUGGUGCUCUACGGUCUGCUCAACCUCUACUCUGGGCAGCGUGCUGAAGUGGAAAGGAGGUCACUUCCCUGCCAAAAAAGAAAAAAAAAGGAGACAAUGCCACACCUGCUCAGCUGUUACAGUAAUAAAGUCUGAUGUGGUUAGCAUUGGCUGAAAGCUGUAUGUACUGCUGCUGACCUUGGCGGGACACUCAGUUGUCUAUUGUCAGCCGUGCAUUUUCUGGUUAAUUACAGCUAUUUCAGCACAAUGGUUCUCCAGCUAUGGAAAUGGACUUGACAAUAAUUGGCAUGAGGGUGGACAUCUUUGUCCCGUGUGAUCCACAUGACUUGAGCAUGACACUAAGAGUACAACACAUUCAAACGGAGGGGUUACUACAGUAUAAUGAGGCCUUUUAUUUUAAGAACGCAACCACAGUUUUCUCUAAGAUAGAAAAUGAAGAGCUGAACUGUAGGCUUGGGUGUGAAUGGCUCACUUUAACAUAGCAGCAGAUACACGGCGGUAGCGGUCAUUAUGCUUAGCUUAGCUUAGCUAGUCGAGCUAACAAAGACGGUAGGAUUGCAACAUUUUGUACAAUGUCCCUACUGCAGAUAAGCAACUGCAAGUUUUAUUUUCCCUUGUGUACGCUUUAAGUUACUAUUGAGUCAAAACUGAAAUUCGAAAUGCAUUUGACAAACACUGGUUUUAAGGUUAAUCUUGGAGGUCCAUUCUUGAGAUUGGAAGUUGUAUGAAGUGGCUGAAUUAAGGCCACCCGGUGUGGUUGAAAGCUCCGGGCACAACCACAAGAUUACUGAUCAAUCUGCAAAUGACCAGCGGGGUCUUUAAAUAAAGUUUUAUAGCUAUGAAAACAUAGAAAAAGGUAGACGGUAGGUGUUAUAUGUUUUGCAUUGAACUUUGCUUUGCACAUGCUUCUUCAUCAACUGUAGCAUUUAUGCACAGAGAGACAAAAAAAAUCUAAAGCUGUGAGUGAACACUUAUUCCCUUAGGGAUGUUUUUAUAGACAAGCUGAGUCCUAGAUAAGAUUUAUUUUCAGUUGCUGUAUGCACUGAAUUUCGUUUUUUUGUCAAAUAAUGUUCGUGCCCUUCUUCUUUUGUGUUGAAUACAACCAAUUACAUGUGCCACCAGAUAAGUCUGUAAAUUUGUAUUCGAAAUUAAUUGCUCCCAUAGAAUAAUACCAUCUGCGACAACGUUGUUGCGCAGAUGGUAUUCAACAGUAAUUUAGCACCAACUGAAUAACACAGUGGGGAAAAAAUUGUAAUAUUGAUUUUCACAUUCAAUGUUGUUUACCAGAAAACAACGAUGGAACAAAUAAAAAAAAACAGGCCAGACAUUACCCCCUUAUUCAUACGAUUUAAAUAUACUUUAAGAUUUGUCUGAAACUAUAUGUCUAAGAAACCACACCUGCCUCUGAAGUUUCAGAGGGAUGCCUUAUAACAUAGAUAUGGCACACAGCUCUAUCCCGCAAACUGUUCGCGUAGGUAGGAAAAACCUGAGCUUUUUUCAAAAUCAGUAAGUAAAUGUCAUUUCUACUAAUGUCUAGUCGUCCUAUUGACCUCGAUCUUAUCUAUGUGCAAUACAACACAAUCCUUUCAAGUCUGUGAUGCUUGUUAUAAUAUUUAAAAUAGAUUUCACUCUAUUCAGUUCAUUACUGUUGGCACUUUUCUAUUGGAAAUUGGUACAACGUUUUGACUUAACUUUGUGUUGUUGUUGUUGUCAUUGAUGUAAAUUUACAGAUCCAAAGGUGGUUUCCUGUAUAAGUUGUGAGAUAUAGUGGGAUAGUUAAACAGAUCCUGGGUAUAGUCGGGGUAAAUUAUAUUUGUGAAUGAUUAUCUUACUUUGUCCAUAUAUAGGAGGUACCAGAUGAGUUGGGUUUAUUGUGAUAUAAUCAUAUGAUGUGGCUGAUUCAAAAAGUAAACAUUUAAAUAAUAAUUGACAAAUAGCAUUUUACCCAGGUAAUACAAAUGUUCAACAAAACUUACCAACCUAAAAAGACAUUAAGUCUGGGAACAGAUUUGUUCCUCACCUGUGAAUUUCAUUCCAAUUAAGGUUUUGUUGUCCUUCAGUUGUCACUUUGUGUUUAUUGUAUUCAAAUGUGAUGGAGUUGCAAACUAUUAAGGUGUGCCUUAAAAAAAUGACUUUCUUUUUCUGAACCAA